AUGGCGCCACAAAACUCUACACUAAUUCACGGCGGAAACGCCGCGGCAACCUCAACCGUCUCCGCCGACGAGGAACUGAGCAGCUACAGCCCGAUUCUUCCCGCCAGGGCAAGCCGCCGACGACAUGCGUCACCGGGAGCCGCGGCAAUAUCAGCGCCACCGCCGCCGCCGCCACCACCCAAAGGGGGGAAAUCGAUUGGCACCAGCAAGCCGGAAGCAGCGCAAACCUCUGCUGCCUCCCGAGGGCUAUGCGGAGUCCGCGAAGGAAUCGAAAAGGGUGCGGUGAAACGUGAAACGAGCAAUCCCAUCACCUACUAUCGCGAUUCUGCUAACGACACGGACGAAGAAGAGGAUGCUGCCACCACGGAUCCAGGAAGUGCCAACCCCGAUGAAGACGAUAUCGAAAUACCCAUCUGGAUUAGGGGCGAGCCACGGUUUGUGGCAGGAAUCAACGAAACAACGACAUGCUGUAAUAUUAUUCAGGCGCUGAUCGAAGAUGAAUUGCAAAAUGGAAGCUACAAAAAUGAUGUCGCAGUGUCGCGUGAUGUCAACGAUUACGUGAUAACGGAACGAUGGCGUGAGGUAGAACAAGUGCUGGCCGGCGACACACGGAUACUUUCGAUCUGGAAUGCAUGGGGCGACGCCAAGAACGAGGUACAAUUUCGUCUAAAAAUCAAUAAAGCUAACCUGGAAAACGCUAAAUCGAGCAAGGAGCAGAAAUCUAAAAAGCAGAAGGAAAAAAUAGGACUCAUAAAUCGCAUGAUGAGAAAAGUGCUCAAACAGGGUGAGGCCAUCCAGAACCACCUUUCGAUGAUAAGCCAAAAGUCCGCCGAAAAGCGCAACCAGGAUAAAUUCCGCAAGUACGUCAGGAAGAACUACGGCAAAUCGGUUAUAAUGGAAAACUUUCUCGAAGAUGCGACCACGUUGUACGACAUUUCCAUCCCGAGCGAAGAGUCCGGUGACAUAUGCAAGUGUAAGGAUAAUGCCCGACGGGGAACAUUCCCGAGCAAUCUAUUUUCCGCGAAAAAAGGGAAAGAAAGCAAACAGCAGAAGCCAAAACUAUACGAAUCCAGCGAUCAGUUGGAGGCUUUGAAAAACGAAGACGAAUUGUUACUGGUGAUCGAGCAUACCUCCGACAGUGACAGUGGAAUUUUCACCAACAAUCAGCUUGGUCGAAAGAACAGCAUGCCGAAGAAACCGAACUUUGGCUCAAUGGUCGAAAUUGACAAGCUAGCAAAGGAACCGACCGAAGAGCUGAUGUUAGACAAAACGCCGAAACGAAAGUUCCGGUCCAAACGCCGUUCAGAUUCACUGAGAAAUCGCAACGCCAACCGCCGUAGGCUCGAAUACGACAGUGAUGACGUCACACCACCAAUCGAUGACUUUGAAAAUGUUAAUCUCGAGUUGCGUAAAGGCACAUUCAAUCGAACUUCCUUUCGAUUCGAUUUAAUACGCCAGGAAAUAUCAACCAAAAUGCAUGAAAUGCAGCAACUACUCGAGCAGGAGGACGAUCUGCUUCGUCGUUUGAAGCUAAAGAGUGCCAAAUUUCAAGCAGAAAACCAAAUCUAUCGUUCGCACAUAGGCCUCGACUUUCACGUAGAGCGCUUGCAAGAGUCCAUCGAUAGUUGCGCCAAAGAAAUUAUUGAGAUCGAACAGGAGCUGUUGAAAACGAAAGCCGAAAUUGAAGAAAAGUCGCCUCUCAUCGACAACCUGAAGUCGUUGUUAGAAGUACAGGAGGCCAAACAGUUCCGGGGAUACUAUUCUUCGUACUCGCCAUCUGGCUCUACCGCCGACAGUUUGAACUCAUCAUCGGCUGACAUGGGAGCGAUGGCCCUCCCGGGCAGUGGCAGCACGGCUGCAUCCUCGAAAACCAGCCUCUCGUCCACGCGGAACCACAGAGAAACCGAGUUCGUCGACAAUAUCUAUGAAUUUUGUGAUAAUAAUCAAAGUUUUGUGGUUUAA